AUGAGUGCUCUAAUCACGCGCAUCUCGCGCUCGACACUGGCAAUGAAGCCAGUUGUCAACAGUGUGCGCUACCAGUCUGUGUGGGCGGGCGUUCCAGCCGGCCCACCUGAUCCAAUUCUCGGUGUAACAGAAGCUUUUAAGCACGAUAAGGACCCGCGCAAAAUUAACCUUGGUGUUGGUGCAUACCGUGACGAGCACGGCAAGCCUUACGUUCUUCCAAGUGUACGAAAGGCUGAUCACCAUAUCGCUAAAUCGAACCUGAACAAGGAAUAUCUGCCUAUCACAGGUCUACCUGGCUUCAACAAGUAUGCAGCGAGGCUCGCUUAUGGCCCGGACUGUAAAGUAUUGAAUAGCCACCGCAUCGCAACGACACAGACAAUUUCCGGCACAGGUGCGUUGCGCAUUGCUGGUGAAUUUCUUGCACGUCACUACCCUCACAGCAAGGAAAUUUACCUUCCUACGCCCUCCUGGGGCAACCACCGACCUAUUUUCCAAAACUCUGGCUUGCAGGUGAAACAAUAUGCUUACUACGACAAGGAGACGGUGGCUUUGGACUUUGAUGGCAUGGUUCGUGACAUUAAGAACAUGCCGAACAAGAGCAUCAUUCUCCUGCAUGCGUGUGCGCACAACCCGACAGGUGUGGACCCGACGCAGGAGCAGUGGAAGACGCUCUCGAACGUCGUGAAGGAGAAGGAGCUCUUCCCAUUGUUUGAUAUGGCAUACCAGGGAUUUGCAAGUGGUGAUACGGACCGGGAUGCAUUCGCAGUGCGCCACUUUGUUGCUGAAGGACACCAGAUUGCACUGUGCCAAAGCUUUGCCAAAAACAUGGGCUUGUACGGUGAGCGAUGCGGGCUGCUCUCGUUUGUGACUGAUAGUCGUGAUGAACACGCUCGCGUUGACAGUCAAUUGAAAAUUACAGUCCGCCCUAUGUACUCGAAUCCCCCCAUUCAUGGCGCUCGUAUUGCCGAAACAAUCCUCGGUAACCACACUUUGUACUCCGAGUGGCUGCAUGAGGUCAAGGGUAUGGCUGACCGUAUCAAAAGCAUGCGCGCCACACUCAAGACCCUUUUGUACGAAGAGCAUGGCUCGAAACACAACUGGGACCACAUCACCAACCAGAUUGGUAUGUUCGCCUUCCUGGGUAUUACACCUGAGCAAGUCAACAAGCUUGUAAACGAGCAUCAUGUCUACCUGACGCAGGAUGGUCGUAUUUCUGUGGCUGGUAUCACAAAUGAAAACGUCCAGCACCUCGCUGCGUCUCUGCACAAUGUCACGUCAGUCUAG